CUUUCAUUAUCACUUUCUUCUCUCUCGUUAUUCGCUUGGCGCUGCAAAUUAAACGAUUUUGUUUCGCUGAGUUUCUCUUUUAGGAUCCAUGGAUUUUAGAGAUGGAGCUCACAAGUUUUCUUGGUGUAUUGUUACUACACAUCUCCAAGCGCUGUAAUGCAAGCACUGAAUAAAAAAAUAGACCAAUACAAGGGAAAAAUGACAACUAUCUAGAUCCUGAAUCAACAGAUGUGUAGACGGUAAGAAACUGGUAAUCUAUAUCUAAAGAGUCCACGCUCGUGUAGAAAGAUUCCAAUCUAAAUACAUGUUGUUGCGUUGCGUCAUCUUUCAUCUACGUAUUGUUGAACACAAUCAUAUUUAACGUAAAUGAUUGGAGAUCUCUGGCUUCGACUGCUAUGGUACUUUCUGCAAAUAAUUGUCAGCGCAUGGUAUUCCAUAGUAGUCGUGGGUAAUUUGUUGGAGAGCUACUUCAUCUCUCUUGGAGUACUGGAAAAACACAAGUCUCUUCAUCCAGAAAAGGUUCAGUACCUUGCCAUUGUCAUAGAAAGUGAAGAAGCUUGUCAGAUUUCUGAACUUGUUAAACUGUUGAAGUGGCUGGACUCUAUUGGUGUGAAGAAUGUGUGCCUCUAUGACAUGAAUGGAGUAUUGAAGAAGUCUAAGGAAACCAUACUUCAAAAUUUGAAGAAUGCAAAAUCCAUUCAGGAAGUUAGUCAAAUUGUUACACGCCAUGCUCAUGAUCACAUGACUCUGGAGUUUCUUUCUUAUGUGGAUGGGAAGGAGGCAGUGGCGAAAGCAGCUAACUUGGUUUUUGUGGAGAACUUGAAACAGCGUUCCUUGGGUGAAGAACUAGAUGCUCAAAUAUCUUUAGAACCUCAAUUGAAUGAAGCAUUGCAAAUUGUCGGUAGCAAAGGCCCUGAGCCUGACCUUUUACUGGUUUAUGGACCUGUGAGGAGCCAUCUUGGUUUUCCUGCAUGGAGACUUCGCUACACAGAGAUCGUACACAUGGGAUCAUUGAAAUUCAUGACAUAUGGUUCCUUAAUCAAAGCCAUUUAUAACUUCACGAGAGUGCACCAAAAUUAUGGUAAGUAGAGAUGGAUUUUACUGCACAAGCACCACAAAGAUAUCUUUGUGGAAAAAGUGCUUUCUCAUCCUGCUGGAGAGAUACCAUUGCAAGUCAUGGCGAGUAAAGAAAGGUCUGAGCAAAAACUAAGGUGUAUUUUAAUUUGAUGCCACCACGGAUACUGUUAUGGUGGAUAUAAAUUCCUCACAGGUAUAUCAAAACCAUUAACAUAAUGUAAGUGAAGUGGAUUAUUUAUUUAUUGGAUACGCAUUGCGUUUGAUGAGAGUUAUAUACAAAACCAGAUUUUGUCUA